AUGUGGCUUGAUGAUGUAAGUCUUCCCUCCCGCUUCCUCAAUUCCCUCAUUGAAAACUCAACCUCUGUUAACACCCGGUUUGAUUGGAAUGAGAUACCAGAAACCCAUGUCUUCAAGGCAGAUCUUCUACGACUUAAAAAGGAGGAAGUGAAGGUCGAAAUUGAAGAUGACAGGGUGCUUCAGGUUAGCAGAGAGAGAGAGAGGAAUGUAGAGAAGGAAGACAAGAACGAUAUAUGGCAUAGGAUAAAGUGUAGUAGUGGCAAGUUCUUGAGGAGGAUUAGGCUGCCUGAGAAUGCCAAAAUGCAUCAUGUCAAGGCUUCUAUAGAGAAUUGA